AUGUUUUCUCCAUUGGCAUAUCCCGACGGCGCAAUGCUAUACGAUCUUAUAACUUACGUGCCUCCUGUGUCGCACCUUGCCUUGUCGCCAUUUGAUUUAUACCGCGAACCACUCGUACUUAUUGCGCUAGCGGACGGAGAGGAGCUUCAGGACAAGACGUUUAGCAAGAGGUAUUCGGCAAGUAGGGCAGCGACAACUGUUGAGAGAAAUGUACAUGCCUUGUAUCAAGAAUUGGAGGAGUUGAGAGACAAUUUUCCCAAGGUUCUGGUACACCAAGUCGUGAUUUUUGAUUACAUUUCUCCCGAGGGAGUGAACGUUCAUAUGCCAGAAGGGAUACUGUCUGUUCCACCCAAGGACAUGCGAAAGCGAACGACUAUGAAGACGGUAAUGUGUGAUAUCUCGUCAUUAGUGUUAGCGGAGAUGACGACGUUGGCGAAAUCAUUCGAAGCAAUGUCUACGAUUGAAUCUCCAGGGUUGUAUGCGGCGAAAAACAUGAAUGGCAAUGCAUGGGGCGGCAAUGGAGACGGAAGCCUGGCGUCACUGUCACGUCGAAACUCACAGUUUUCGCUGCCCCAGCAACUGUCACGGUCUAGCUCGGCAUCGAGUGUUGCGGACAAGACACAGGCAAGACUGUCUAUGCCGCCUACAACAUCGAGAUCACCUAGUAAUGCGGCUGGACGGCCGUCAACGCCUCCACGGAGUGGAUUAUCUGCCACGCCCAUGAGUCCUGACGGUGGACAGAGUGGAUCUAGCACUGGACCAUCAAGUCCGGAUCAGAAGACGCAGAGGUCUGAUGUGAACAGCUCACGCGAUCUCAGUCGAGAUCGAGUGUCUGUACAAGGGUUUGGGCCUGGUGGUGCCAAUGAUCGAUGGAGGUUGCGUGGCAAAGGACGCACGUCCGUGCUCAUCGGGUCCAUGUAUUUGCUGGCAGGAAGAUGGAGCGACUCCCUCAGGGAACUCUCCGAAGGCGCAACAGCUGCUCGCUCAUUAAACGACCAUAUUUGGCAUGGAAAGGCUCUCGAGCUUAUCAUCAUGAACCUUGUACUCCUGGGCUGGUCGAAACUGGAGUUCCAAGUACCAACCGUCUGCUUGCCGAACCACGAGAGGUCUACGAGCAUGUCGGAAGUUCUGAAAUCAGAACCAGACAGCGCCAAUCAUUCACAGCCUAAGCACAUACGCCAUCUGCAGAAUCUGCUUCCUGAGCUCCUCGAUAGAAUCUUGGGUUUGUUUUCUCGAAUAUCUAGUGAAAACCUGCCGCCCCUACCUCUGGCUGAGACCACUGUUCGAUUUUGCAAACUGCAGUCAGCGAUGCAUUUUAGCGGCGGGAAGUUGGAUCAGAAGGCAUUCAACGCUAUUGUCACGGGUGAACUGCCGACCCAGACUCUAACAACCUCUCCUCGGUUUACUGUGACACCAUCAAGACAGCAAAUUGUGAACAUGUUGUUCAAAGCAUUUCCGUCGUCUGGCACGGAACUUCUCACAACUGCUGACAGAACGUCAAUAUUGAGCGGUAUUGCGAAUGUGCUUGGGGCAUUAGGGUACCACCGGAAAAAGGCCAUGGUGAUUCGUGAGCUGGUAUCGGUCCUCAUUGCCGGUCUUGUGGAGGCUCGUACUCGUGGUGCUGCCGAGGCAGGUAUUCACCCUGCGGCAGGUUUGGUCUCCCUGGUUCCAGGUAGUGACAGAACCAGCACAGCGGGAGUUGCAUUGGAUCUUGGCGAGGGCGACAUCGAGCAUGGCAUCGAGCCGUUCUUGGAGCUAUUAUGCAGGUCUUAUGGUGUCGUUGGCUUCGACAUGCGCAAGGAGCGGGACAGAGCUGACGAUUCCGACAAUACAACUGUUGCAAGGGUUCUUAUCCAGUCAUCGACACGGUUCUUUGGAUUCACUGAAAUCAAACUAAACAUCCUCAGAGCAUGCAUCAACUUUUCCGAGGCACUCCCAGAUUUCGACGGUGUCCUAAAAUUUUCCAGCGAUCUUAUGCGAACGGCUGGCUCUGGAAUCGCUCCCGGUCCUAAGCGCGAAGACGCGGCGCCACACAUCCAUAAAGAAGAACAGGUCCGCCUUGUAACGAAUAUAGUGCGAACAGCUGCUCUCACGGAGCGAAUUGGCCUGGAAGGUCUUGCGGCCGAGUACUGGGAUGAAUUCCUCGUUCGAGGCAUCGCGUUAGAGCCGCUGCCCAGUGCGCGAACGCCGAUCCCUCAUGCGAAGAGUGUGCUCCCCGGCGCGAACACCUCGAGAGCUUCGCAAGACGUCAAUCCGUUUAUUUAUAAUCCUUUCUUGAAGGAACCAGACGAAGUAGCCGCGGAGAACCUAGUAGCUGGCGAAUUGGCCACGUUCAAAGUCACGCUGCAAAAUACAUACGACGUAGAAGUGGACAUUGAAAGCAUGCGACUCGACACUGACGGCGUUGACUUUGAACCGGUUCCAGAAAAUGUGAUUUUAGGGCCCUAUCGAACGCAACUCGUACGGCUGAAAGGCCGUCCAAAGGCUUCCGGCUCCAUCAAGAUUACGGGCGCUGUGAUCAAAAUACGCGGGUGUCGAGAACGCAGAUUCCCCAUUUUUGCUAGGCAUUGGACGCCAUCGCGGGCCGGAAAGAUUAAAACCAAGGGUCCGCCUGCACUAGAAAGUAGCAGCGGAGCGGCGCCUGUGAAACCAGAAACGAAGGUUCUGAAUCUAAAUGUUGUACAGCCUCAGCCUCUAGUGGUUGUCAAGUCGACCAGUCUAGCUCAGUCAUCAAUCAUGAUCCUCGAAGGCGAAAAGCAAGUUUUUACUGUAACGUUGCGGAACACAUCUACCACUACACCUGUGGACUUUCUGCUCUUUUCAUUCAAGGAUUCUACGCAGGGUCCGUUGCAGGCAGCGCUAGAGAACCGUGAUGCUACGCCGGCUGAGCUUUACGAGUACGAGUUGGUCCUUAUGAAGAGACAGGCUUUAAGGCUCCCGCGAAACAAUCAAAACCGAUAUAUACCACCGGGUGGAGAGGCGACUUUUGAGUUUGAGAUUCUGGGCAAGCCUGGUUUGACACACGCCGCAAUUCAAGCGGACUAUACAUGUCUUGGUGUCCCACGGGACGAGGUGACGGAACAGUUUUACACGCGUCAAGUAUUGCUGGAUUUGACUGUCACAGUGAAUGCCAGUGUUGAGCUUUCUCGUAUCGAUGCUGUUCCUGUGCAAGGACGGGUUCCACCAGCCUUGUUAAAGAGAGUGGGUGCCGAUGAAAGGACGGCUUCCCCAGACAAGUAUUUCCUUCUAGCCGUGGAUCUGCGCAAUGCAUGGCCAAGUCAAAUGUUGGUCCAGUUGGAAGGCGAAGAUGGAAUGAUGGUCGGGGACAGCAUCCUCCCCGGAAAGACAAGCAGGAUCGUCAUCCCAAUAAAGAGAGUAUACCUCGAGGAUCCUCACGAAUCAGUGCCGACUCUCAAUCCAUCACGCAACAGACAAUUUGUCGUUAGCACAAGCAAAAUCUCGCCGGACAUGGAGCGCGCGAACCGCGAGGCCUUUUGGUACCGGGAAAAGCUGCUUGAAAAUCUAAAGGCGACAUGGCAGACGACGUCGGUGCCUAAACGAAAUGGUGUGGUGGAACUGCGCAAUAUUCGGCUAACCCCCCGAAUGAUAGAAGCCAUCAAGUGUGACGAGGUGGACAUUGCCAUAUCGAUAGACGGAGCGCCGGACAACAUCGCGUACGUGGAUGAGUUUAUGCAGAUGAGGGUGCAAAUCGCAAACAGGGCAGCCAAGCCCAUAUUGCCGCUCAUCAGGUUGAUGCCGGCGCUAUGCCACCGGCCACUCAACGUGGCACUCGACUAUACCAGGAAGUUUGCAUGGAACGGGGCUUUGCAGCAGCAGCUCCCCGAACUCAAGGGGCACCAAGCGACAGAAUUCGUGAUUGGCGUGACGGCGCUUUGUCGUGGCGAGUUUGAAUUGGCGGCAUCUGUGGAAGAGGCGCGAGUGCUUGACGACGGGCUGAAGGAAGGCCGAGAGUCGGAGCGCCGGCGAUCAGAUACCCAAAAGUUGAUGGAUGCCGCACUGGGAGUCAAGGAAAGGAGGGUGUGGGUAGCAGAUGAGAGUGUGGGAUUCGAAAUGCUAUGUAUGGAAUGGGGCGCAUCGGUUUGCCUCGAAGAGUGUUUUGCGGUUAUUGAGUAUAAGUUAGUAAAUGUGCUGCUAGUACGAAGGCGCUUCCUGGUAUUGCCGCACUCCUUGUAUUUCAUGUGGUCAUGGUGGGAUGCGGUUGUGAACAAUAAAGACACGGUGCACGGGCCAUCCAAACGUUUGUCCACAAUGUCAUCACUUCACCUUGCCGUGAAAUGUUCCUCGUCAGCUCCAACUGCAAACCGCACCACACAGGCAUGCAUGAGCAACGUCGUAAAUCAUGGCGUAGCCCGCACAUUUCGAGUGCGCACCGAAGAGCAGCGGUUACAGGACCUCGAAAAGAUCCGAAAAUACCGCGCCCUGGAAGAUGAGGUACGAGCCAAGGCGGCGUCUGCAGCCUACACGCCGGAGCUCUUCCAGCUCACCAGCAAGCUCCUCAGCAUCAACCCCGAGUACUACACGAUAUGGAACAUCCGCCGUCGCUGCCUGCUCUCCAGCCUGCUUUCCCACCAGCCGCCAGACACCCGCGACUCCGCGCCGGACGACGUCGAGCAGCAAGCGUCGUCGGACGGCAGCGUCCUGCAGUCCGAACUCAGCUUCACCAUUCCGCUCCUUAUGCAGUCCCCCAAGUGCUACUGGAUCUGGAACUUCCGGCAAUGGACGCUGUCGCAGGCCAUCCUCAGACUGCCCGCGCCCGCCGCACGCCAGAUAUGGGAGACGGAGCUGGGCCUGACGUCCAAGAUGCUGGACAGGGACCAGCGCAACUUUCACGCCUGGAGCUACCGGCGGCUCGUCGUCGGCAGGCUGGAAAGCCCCGAGCUGCAGGGCCGGAGCAUGGCCGAGGAGGAGUUCUCGUACACGACGCGCAUCAUACACCGCGACCUGUCCAACUUUUCCGCCUGGCACAACCGCAGCCAACUGAUAUCGCGGCUGCUUGAAGAGCGGGGGGCCGGCGCCGAGCAGAGGGCUGCGAUGCUCGUCGAGGAGCUGCAACUCGUGAGGGAGGCGCUGAAUGUCGGGCCCGAGGACCAGAGUCUGUGGUAUUACCACCAGUUUUUGGUGUCGCAAAUCGUCAAUCGUGGCGGCUUUGGGGGCACCUUUGUGCCGGACUUGACUGCCGACGACAAGGUUGCUUACUUGGGCCGUGAGAUUGACGAGAUCAAGGAGCUGCUGGAGGACUAUGACGACAUCAAGUGGAUUUACGAGUCGCUUCUGGAGUAUACGCUGGCCCUGGGGCGACUGGAUCAAGGCCGCGGCAGGGCUGGGGACUUGCGAGGGUGGCUGGCAAAGCUGCGGGUUUUGGAUCCCAUGCGCGUUGGGCGGUGGAAUGAUGUCGAGAGGCAGGUUGAUCUCGAGCCGAGAGCACAUUGGCAAAGGGCUCAAAUGUUCAUUCAUGGAUGCAUUCCCCAUGACAGCUGUCACCGGGUGCCAAGUGGGGCGGGCGUUUUUUCUCGGGACAAGCCACCAGGGUUCUUCGGGUUGGCGCGGCAAAAGUCCAUGAAGAGACCUGGAACGCUGAGCAACAGCAACAGCAACUUUUUGUUUUGGUUUCCGGCAUCGGCUGCCACCAUUGCCAUUGCCAUUGCCAUUGGCAGCUGCAACCCGCAGCAAAACGACGCUGCUGUCGCAUCAGACAUCACAAAAGGUGCGAUGGGCGUCAUCUCGAGCACGCCGACAGCGGAGGAACUACCGGCGCAUGGUGUCGAUACCAGCGGCGCCGGGCGUCGCAUCUUGUUCUUGGACGCCUAUGACUCCUUCACCAACAACAUCGUCUCCCUUGUCAAGGAUGCGCUCGGCAGCAACGUCAGCGUCCAUGUCUUGCACAUGGACCUCAGGACCAUCGACUCCGACUCCACGCCCAAUUGGACCAGGCAGCAGUUUCUGGACCGACUCUCCGACUUUGACGCCAUCGUCUGCGGACCCGGGCCGGGAUCGCCUCUCCAUGACGCCGACGUAGGCGCCUUCAAGCUUCUCUGGGACCUUCCGAGGGAGCAAUCCGUGCCUGUUCUUGGCAUAUGCCUGGGUUUUCAAAGCCUGGUGGAGCAUUUCGGUGGUAACAUUCGACGGCUUCGGAGGGGUUUGCACGGCAUGGUUCGGGAGAUUGACCAUGUCCAGGUGCCGCCUACCGACAUCUUUGACAAGGUGCCUCGGUUCAAGGCGACCUUGUAUCACAGCCUGUGCGCGGAUAUUGGACAGGACGACGUUCCGGAACGGGAUUGGCCGACGGCGCGAUGGCUGCCGUCCAAACAGGCUCCGGAGCUGCAGCCCCUGGCGUGGAUUCUAGAAGACUAUGACGGCGAAAACAGGCACGACCCAGAGCGUAUUCUAAUGGCUGUUCGGCACACCACAAGGCCGUUAUGGGGCGUUCAGUAUCAUCCCGAGUCUGUGUGUACUGACGCCGCUGCGAAGGGUGUGAUACGCAACUGGUUUCGCCAGGCCCUGAAGUGGAAUGAAGCGGCGAGACGAGAGGUCCGGAGGAAGCCCAGCGUCGGCCACGUUGACAGCUUGAACCCAUCCAACCAUAGUCCGCCUGGGUUGGAUUCUGGACGCAAGCUGUCCGCUUGCCCGUGGUGGAACGAUUUGCAGUCUGAUCUGGCCCGACGAGGUAUUCGGCCGGGAUAUGCUUGUCGGCAAAUAAAACUACCUGGAGGUGUGGAUACGGCGGACAUUGCAGAGGUGCUUGGUCUUGGCUACAAAGAUACUAUUAUUCUAGACUCGUCGAGCACUAUCAAUGGUGACCCUCUGGCCAGGAGUUCCGUUAUUGCUCUGGGUGUCGAUGAAGCCCUGCGUCUGGAAUAUCACGUAGGCGACAGCCACCUGGUUCUCCGGCAGCCCGCGGCGUCUGGACGACCAGAAAAAUCACGGCGGAUCUACCUUGGAGAGGAUGUCGAUCCCUGGAGCCCCUGGCAUGUCAUGUCGGAGUAUUGGCGCUGGAGAAAGGUGUCUGAAGAUGACCAUACGCCGACAUUCAAAGGCGGUUUCAUGGGUUUUGUUACGUAUGAAAUGGGUCUGAGUACCUUGAGUCCCGGGUCCGUUUCCAAGGCGCGCGGGCACCAUCGACCUGACCUUUGCAUGGCUUGGGUCUCAAAAAGCGUCGUGCUUGAUCACCAAGCGGGCGUUGCUUAUGUGCAAGCCCUCACUUCAGAAGACUGCGACGGCUUGUGGAUAGACGAUGUUGUUCAAGCCAUCGAGACUUCCCAUGCGUGGCAGCACCCUGGCUAUGAGCGAGGCCCUGAUGCCAAGUCUCGCCGCUCCAACGAAGCUCUGCUCGACCAUGUACGCAAGGGAGGGGGCCGUUUACAUGUUUCUGUCCCGGACUCAGAUGGGUACGAGUCCGAUGUCAGCAAAUGCCAGGACUACAUCAGAGACGGUGAAUCCUACGAGCUCUGUCUCACUGCGCAGACAACCAUGACCAGACCACGCGGCAACGAUCAGCCGCACCACACGCGAACAUCGCCUGCACCAAGGGAGCAGUCAUCAUCCCGUAAGCUGCCGCCAGUCGACGAGGCGUGUCAGCAUGGAACGCCGUGGCAAAUUUACCGUGCCCUGAGAGCGCGACAACCGGCACCAUUCGGCUCUUUUACUCGCCUCGGCGGGGCGACCAUCAUCAGCAGCUCUCCAGAGCGAUUCCUAAUGCACGACCCCAAGGGCCUCUGUUCCAUGCGGCCGAUGAAGGGGACGGUCCGCAAGUCGUCUGCAGUAUCGACAUUGGCACAAGCCGAAGAGAUUCUCCACGUACCCAAGGAGGAGGCAGAGAAUCUCAUGAUUGUCGAUCUCGUACGGCACGAUUUGUACGGCGUGUGCGGUGCACAAAGCGUAACCGUGCCCGACUUGCUGCGGGUGGAGGAGUACGCCAGCGUCUUCCAAAUGGUGACGGCCGUGAACGGCCAGCUCCCCGCGGAGAAGCUCGAGGCGGGAACGGACCCAACCCGAGGCGAGUUCCCCUUUACCGGCAUGGACGUCUUGGCGAGCUGCUUGCCGCCGGGCAGCAUGACGGGCGCCCCCAAGAAGCGCAGCUGCGAAAUCCUGCAGACUAUCGAGCCCACCGAGCGCAGCGUCUACUCUGGCGUCAUUGGGUAUCUGGAUGUGCAAGGGAAAGGCGACUGGAGUGUCACGAUCCGCACCAUGUUUCGCUGGGACGACGAACAGGCCCCCGCCCAGGAUGGUGAGCUUGAACCUCGCGAGGUCUGGCGGAUCGGUGCUGGCGGUGCAGUGACAACGCUCAGCACGCCCGAGGGCGAACGAGAAGAGAUGUUUACAAAGCUGUGCGGGCCGCUGGGCACAUUUUCAGACGUUGCAUAG